UGAGCACUUCAGUUUCAUUCAGGGCUGCUGUAGUAAAGUCACACACAAGUUGAAAUGUAUUUGUAGGGUAAGAGGUUCAAAUGUUGUGCAAAUCAAAUAAGGCGCCUUUGUUUGGUCCCAGGUUAUUCAUAAGCUUAUAUAAUUUUCAAUAGGGUGUGCUUGUGUUCCGAGAGCAGGCUUGGUGAUAUGAGGGGUGCAGUGUGGACUUUGCAUGUUUAUCCAUAACCCGACACAUCUUGUCUUAUCAGGCACCCAUUAUGUACCGAAUCAUGCUCUGUUGUUCCUUGGCUACACAGGGAAAGCUGUAUGAUUCACAGGAAAUGGUGUAUGCAUAUCCCAAACAGAACACUAGCUGCAGGGCAGGGUACAAAAUAAAGUCUGUAAAACAAGCCCUGUGCACUGAGUCUUACAUCCAGUAACGCAUCAACCCAAUCUGGAUGUUUGACAGUCAAGUGUUGCAUAAGUAAAGCUGCCUGAGAGCAAGAUUUUAGCUUUUGCUUUGUUCACAAAAUAUGAUACGUUAUGCAGGCUGCACUGCUUUAUGAGUGUGAUAUUUAUGGCUACUCCUACCAGUGCAAUGUAAUAUUAGAAAUCCUAAUACCACCUCUGCAACCUACAUGCUAUAUUUUGUCUUGAUGACACUGCAUUAAUGUGUUUCUACUAUAGUCCUUUUGUAAAAUCUUCUUUGAUUAUAUUUUGUUGAUCAUAGUGCCAAAGCUUUCUCAACAUGCCCUGCCUAGCUUCACUAAAAGUUUGCACCAUUCCUGAUAAUGCCAAUAAACCUUUGAACCUCAAGUCCAGUGUUACAUCUUUAGACUAUCAAAUGAGCGCAGAGAACAGAGAACAAUCCACUGGCGUGAUUACACCUGGUUAGAUGCCCUCCUGCAUGUGACACCAGCUGAAGUGUAUGCCUUUCACAGUUGCUUCUCAUUCCCGUCUGUUCUGCAGUUCAUUCAGGGAUUGGACCGAUGGAGUCUUUCCAUGGAGAUACAGAAGAAAGCACUGAGGACAUUCCAGGACGUAAAAAGUCCAAGCUCAAGUCUUUGAAAACCCGUCUCUUCGGGAGGAGUAAGAGAGAUGCCAAACUCAGCCAGUCAGCCAGUGAUAUUACGGCGGGAAAGGGACUCGGAUCAGAGGAAGAUUUGGCAUGCUCCCAGGGGAUGAUGGGAUCACGGGCCUUGUCCCAUGAAAGCAUCUUUCUGGAUGAUCAGGUUCUGACAGACGCUGAACCAGCCAGGGUCUUAUCUCAGGAGAAUGUUCACAGCAAGAUCAAAGCUCUGCAGAUAAAGCUUCAGCAGCAGAAGAUGCAUUUGGGGCCACCACCAUUGGUUCUCCCUAUCAGAAAACCAGAGGAUCUGGACAGCCGCUCAGAGGACGACGGUCUUCCCCAUAGCCCAGCUGAGAUCUCAGGGGGUGACGUCACAACCCAGGGAGCCCUCAGCAAGGCAUUCCCACGUCCACUCUCGCCCAUCACCAAACCUGUCCCCCAAACUCCAUCCCAUCCUCUGCCUCUUUCUGUCCCCUCCAAUUCUUCCGUUGUGGAGCCUCCAUUGGACUUCGGCUCUCCAGCCCAGUUCACCCCUUGCCUGGAUACCUCUGCUGCCCGCCACCGGAUGUCUGUCAAGCCCAGAAACCAGAGGGCCAGCACCAAGAAGAGACUUACUACAACUGACUCUAGGUCUCACUUAAACACCCAAAACAACAUCGACCACCCUGAGUCUGUGAGAGAAGAAGAGCUCAGUAUUCAAGAGGUGGUGGAAACAGAGACAGGAGGCGCCGUCAUCCCCAUUACAUCUCAGCGUCUUCCCUCAAAAUCGCCAGAGGUGGCACUAAUCACACCAGAGGCAGCAUCCAAAUCGUCCAGCCUAACUUCCUCCCAACAGGACCAAGCUCUCCCUGGAAGGGGGCCCUCUAUAGCCUCCCAUGUACUUAGAGUUAAACCUCACAGACCGGCCGAUGUAAUGUCCAGUGAACGGCCGCACUCAUCCUUUAUACCGUCAGAACUGAAGGACAAAGGAGACUUGGGUUUUGAGAUACCAGUAAUAUCCCAUGACAAGAGAAAUACUCUAAACAAGGCUGGAAUGACUGAAGGCUCCUCCAACCAGCUCUCCGCUCCCUUCAGCUCAGUGAUGGCUCUCAGGUCUUCCUCCACGGUUCAUGGUGAGACAGAAAUCACAAGAGGACUAAAGAGACCUGCCCCAGGAUCUGGAUCCUUCCAUUUCUCCAUCAACAAUGCCAAAAACCCAGAUGGAGGAAGACCCAGAUCAGGCAGUUUUGUGGGAGUCCUGGAACAGAAUGAAGCCAGGCACAGAACAGAGGAGAAACCCUUUUCAAGCAUGAGGGAAAAGGCAGAACUUAGAGACGUACAGCCAAGAGGGGGGCCCUUCGCUGUGGGAAGACUUAGACAAGACGGAGCUCCACACAAAAGCUCAGUUCUACCAUGGGAAAGGAGGGACAACCUUAAAGAGGUGGAAUCAGUGACACCAUCUAAAAAUGCAUCCGCAGACACAGGCACUGUCGAGGGGGCGGAGAUGGAGGGCAGCCAGGAGGUGGUGGAAGAGGCGGAGGAAGCACAGGAGGCCGAGGAGGGAGAAGGAAAGACGGCGUUUGGUGUUAAACUGCGCUCCACAUCUCUGUCGAUGAGAUUUCGGUCUGAUGCCUCUUCUAACCCAAACUCAAAGCCGCCAGUGUGCGAGGAGCAAAGUGACAAACAAAAAAAAAAGGAAAUAAGCGAUAAUUCCAGCUACCCGAGUAAAAAAGUGACAACAAACAUCUCUUGUACACCAUCCACAGCUGGAGACCUCCAACUGACAGAUCCAGCCCCAUCUGGCUUCUCCCUUCCACUCAAACAUAACCCGCCAUCUACUGUCGAUCCUCCCAUCAUCCCAACUGAAGUCCAAACAACCUCUUCAAACACCAAAGAAGCUGAAGUUGUUCUCUCAGCGCCUCAUGAGCCCCAGCCAGCCCCGCAAACUGCCUCAUCUGAGGUGUCCUGGAUGAGCUUGGCAAUGGAAAAGACCAGAAACCUCCAACAGCUUUUUACUAGUAGAUUUCCCAGAGAUUUUACAGGCAUGCAGGCAGCGGCCCGGCCACAAGCACAGGUGCAGACAAUGAAUCCGACAGAGACGGUGACUGGGGCACAAAUACAGACACAAACUGUAAAAAUACAACAAAGUGCAUCACCAGUAGAGGUUGCAAACCAAACAUCAACUGAUGUAGUCAAAGCAGAAACAGUGAAGAGCAGAUGUCAAGCACAGGCUGUCAAACCAUCACUAGUGGCAGUGCAGCAGAAGACUUCAGCGGCAUCUCCUGUUCAGUCAAACACCUCUCGAGAACCACAAACAUCAAAACAAUGCAAUGAACCCCAGCCACACACAGGCACAACUCAGUCUGCCUCACAGUCUGCGUUUGUACAGACCAACACACGGACAACCCAGUCUCCCCUGCACUCUUCUGUACAAACAGAGACCUCAUCUCAGUUUGGACAAGGGAGUGUCACACAGUCUCUUGCACAAUCUUACCUUUCCUCGGGUCAGCAGCAACCCCUCUGGAGCAAUCGAGGUCCUCCCCCUGCCAGCCAGCUCAAAUCCACAACUUCAGCUCUAACUUCAGUUUCUACCAUCUCAUCAGCGACGGCUCCUCCUCCUGUUUCUGCCUUGGGAAGAGGGGAAAGAGAAGCCCCGGUGCAGGAAAAGGAGGGUGCAGCACUAUCAGGCAGACGGGCAGUUUGGGCUGGAUCAGUAAGUGAGAAGGCAGCUUUUUUGGAGAAACGGGCAGAGUGGACCACUCCACCUGGAGCCAAGGGGGUGGAAAUGAGGAAAGCUCAAACAGAGGUGCAGACAUCAGGUGAAUUCCCGGCCUCAGCCAAAACCACGUCUCUAAUCAAAGACACAAAACCAGAGGGAAGACAAAUAGUAAAACCUGCAGAGUCAAGUCCCACCAGAGUUCCAGAGAGGCCUCGUGAGGACAAAUGGCUGUGGAAAAAUGUGCCGCCGUCAUCGUCACCCACAAUGCCAUCAGCCUUGCAGUCCAUGUCGGACAACGCCCAGCCAUCAUGGAUGGAACUGGCAAAAAGAAAGUCGAUGGCCUGGAGUGAUAAGUCCAUGGACUGAGUGGGAAUACAGACAGACAGACAUAUUGUUGAAGGCACAUCAUAAACAGUCCAUACAAAGGCCCUGCAGACGAUGUGUUAUUGAAUUUUAUUUAAUUGUAAAGUUUGAAUGUUAUACUGAGCGACAGAGAGAGAGUUUAUAUAUUGAAAAGUUCAUUAUAAUCCCUUUCCACCACAAGCACUUCAAGAUAAAUGAUAUUUCUGAAAAAUGUUUUAUGUGAUUCAGCAUGUCACUGCUGUUAAUAGCUUAUGUUAAACAAUAAACUUUGUAAUGUUAACUUUUUGUGUCAUUUGUGAAGUGCCUUAAUGUAAGAUGUCUAAGGAGAAGAUAUUAAAUGACUAAAUUUAAA